GUUGAGAAAGGAACUAUAAUUUAUUAAGCCAAGUGUACAUAAUAUGAAAAGACACGUUAUAUGUGUAGGUAGGUAGCCCCCACCUUAUCUAAAAACAAGAGUGAAAAAAACCACAAAAGAAAAAUAGGAAAGAGAGGCUCUAAUUCUAUUGUAUGAGUAGCCACCAAUGCUUGUCCCCAGCAGUAUGGGGAGAGAUGAGUGCCUCUGUUUCGUCCUCUGCUCUAGCUGCCAUCACGGCCAAAGCUGGUGCUGCUGCUGCAGCCGCUGCUUCCACCACCACCGGUAUCCGCCACAAGAAGUUUAGUGUCACUUACAAGCCUUCCAUUGCUUCAUCCCAUUGCAGACACAGUUUUUCACUCCGAGUUACAAAUAAUGAUUCUAGUAGGACUGAAGUGUCCACCACCACAGAUCAAGCCAGUGAAAAAUCAGAUGAUGUUAAUAAGAUGAUAGAUGGGAUGAACUUUGGUGAGCUAUGCAAUGAGUUUGAGUGUAUUAGUAGCCCUUUGGUUGAAUCAACAGCUAGACAGCUGGCUCGUGAUAUUUUGGAGCUUAGGGAAGGCAACCGUGCCCUUGGAACCUAUGCUGUUUCUGUUAAAUACAAGGAUCCACUUAGAAGUUUUACAGGUCGUGAGAAGUACAAGAGACCUCUAUGGAUAACCACUGCUCUGGACAGCCCUUCUGUGAGUGUACAAGAAAUGGUCAUGUUAACAACCAGUGUACUAAGUAUCAAGUGGACAAUAAAAGGAAAGCCAAAAUCUUUCAUUGCUGGUGUUGGAGGAGAGUUAGUGAUAAGAAUCAACUCAAAGUUUACCUUAAACCAAAUCAGUGGCCAAGUGACUGAGCAUGAGGAGUCUUGGGACUUAUCAUCUUCAUCUUCUUUCACUCAGGCCUACUUCUGGACAUCUCGUCGAAUUUUCGCCACAACUGAGGCUGCCAAAAAUUUGGCUGAUCUUGUUAAAAACUUGUCCAGAGGCUUCCCAAAAGAAAACCAAAAUAUGGAGAUUUAUCCAGACCCUUCUGGUGAUCCAACAAAGUUUUUUCAGAGGGAUGACAGUUUUCAAAGAGAUGCAUACCAAAUUGCAUUACUUCUGGCAGUUCUAUAUUUAGUUGUACAGUUUUUGAGGACAACCUUGUAAGAAGUAAAGCCCGCUCACACUUAUCAUCAUAUCAUAUUACUUGUUUAUAAUUGUGAUUACCCAUGUUAUAUAUAUACACUCAUACCAAUUUAAUAUUUAUAUUGGUUUUUACAUGUUUAGAAGGUGAGAAAACAGAAAACCACAUUGUAUUCUAUUUGGACAGUAUGUUACUAUAACUCUUGUUUCUACAAGGUCGGAAAUCACUGAUUUAUGAAA